UCUCCGGGGGGGCGGGCGCGAUGCCGCCCUGGCUGCUCGGCAGCCUCUGCUGCGUGCUGGCGGCGCGGGCGGUGCUGGGCAGCGGCCCCGCGGGCGAGGAGGAGGAGGAGAAGCUGAUACGGGUGCUGGUGCUGCUGCCGCAGGACGACGCCUACCUCUUCUCGCUGGGGCGGGUGCGGCCGGCCAUCGAGUACGCGGUGCGGAGCCUGCGGGAGAGCGGCGCGGGUCUGCCGCCCGGCUACGCCUUCCAGCUCACCUACGAGGACUCGGCGUGCGGCAACCGCGCCCUGUUCAGCCUGGUGGACAUGGUGGCCCUGCAGCGCCGCCGCCCCGACCUGCUGCUGGGGCCGGUGUGCGAGUACGCGGCGGCGCCGGUGGCGCGGCUGGCCGCGCACUGGGACGUGCCGAUGCUGUCGGCGGGCGCGCUGGCCGCCGGCUUCGGCGCCAAGGGCGGCGAGUACUCGCACCUCACCCGCGUCGCCCCCGCCUACGCCAAGAUGGGAGAGAUGCUGCUGGCCCUUUUCCGCCACCACCAGUGGAACCGGGCCACGCUCCUCUACAGCGACAGCAACCCCGAGCGCAGCUGCUACUUCGCCAUGGAGGGCGUCCAUGUGGUCUUCCAGGAGGAGGCUUUCCACAUGGCUGUGCACAGCUUCGACGAGACCAGCCGGCACCUCGACAUCGACGACGUCGUCCGCGCCCUCCAGACGGGAGAGAGGGUUGUAAUCAUGUGUGCCAGUGGCGACACUAUCAGGAACAUCAUGUUGGCUGCUCAUCGGCAAGGAAUGACCAACGGGGACUAUGCUUUCUUCAAUAUUGAACUCUUCAACAGUUCAUCAUAUGGAAAUGGCUCUUGGAGAAGAGGAGACAAACAUGACCUUGAAGCCAAGAAAGCAUACUCAUACCUGCAGACUGUCACUCUGCUGAGGACUGUGAAGCCUGAGUUUGAGAAGUUUUCCCUGGAGGUGAAAAGUUCUGUUCAGAAGCAAGGUCUUCAUGAAGAUGACUAUGUGAACAUGUUUGUGGAAGGAUUCCAUGAUGCUAUUCUUCUUUAUGCUCUAGCUUUACAGGAAGUCCUGAAGACUGGUUUCAGUAAGAAAGAUGGGGAAAAAAUUGUUCAACAAACACGGAACAGAACAUAUGAAGGUAUUGCAGGGCAGGUGUCCAUUGAUGCCAAUGGAGACAGAUAUGGGGAUUUCUCUGUGAUUGGAAUGACAGACCCGGAGGCAGGCACACAGGAGGUGAUCGGGGACUACUAUGGAAAGCAGGGACGGUUUGAAAUUCGAUCAAAUGUGAAAUACCCGUGGAACCAUGGCAGGCUGCACCUAGAUGAAAGCCGUGUUUCAGAGCACACGAGCAAUACACCGUGUAAAUCAUCAGGUGGUCUAGGAGAAUCAGCAGUUACAGGAAUAGUUGUGGGCGCCUUGCUUGGAGCAGGAUUGCUAAUGGCUUUUUACUUCUUCAGAAAGAAAUACAGAAUAACUAUUGAGAGACGAACUCAACAGGAGGACUGUAACAUGGGGAAACAUCGGCAGUUACGUGAAGACUCCAUUAGAUCUCAUUUUUCUGCUGCAUAAAGAAGAUGAAAAAGAAUCCCAUUCUUCCUAGGGAAAAGAAAGAAUUAGAGAAAAGGACACAACCAAAGACAACAGUGUAAAAAGAAGAGGCUCUUGAGAACUCACUCUUUAAGCAGUAAUUUUGUCUUAAUUUCUUUCAGAAGCUCAGGAAUUAUUUACUUAUCACAUUAUGCCGCAUGGCCUUUCAUCUCAUGAGAAAAGAAAACUAUGCAGUUUGAUGUUAUAGGAUGUACUUAAUAUGUAAAGACAGUAUUUCCUAAGGCAUAUAUUAAGGCUAGCAGAUCUUGGUUUAGUUGAUGGGGAAUGCCUCAUUUUGCUCCCUUUUUUUUUUUUUUUUUUUUUUUUUUUUUUUUUUUUUAAAGCUUCUACGACCUCCUUCCAUAUUUGCAUAUCACCCAUGGGUAUCAAAUAUGGUUUCAGAGGCAUAGGUGCUGGUUGCUGUCAAAAGGAAGAAAGGGAUUUGUUUGGGGUAUGAUCCUGCAUCACUGAAUCACUGACAUUGAUAACAGGGGAUAUGAAAGUUGGUGUACGGGCCUUAGUUCUGGGACAGAACUGGCACUUGGUUCUAAUUAAUUCCUCUGAAAAAGUCAGGCAGGUGGAAACACACAAACCAUUCUUUCCUUGUUUGUGUGGCAUCACAGUCAAAAGCACUGUUUCUCCCUCGUAGCUGGUGGGACUUAGAAAAACUUCAGUGAAAGAUGAGGAAUUUCAUACAUGUGAAAUAGUAACAGAGAAGACAAUCAGGUCUCUGGAGAGGACUGAUUAAUUCCUCAGUCUUAUAUGUGCUUUGCCACACUCUUUUCUGUCCCCUGCCAUGACUUUUCAGAGAGGCAGAUGUAGUCCAUGUCAAGCCUGCUCCUGUUCCUAGUGAAGUCAAUGGUGAAAUCCCAUUAACUUCAGUGAGCACAAGGACUGCAUCCAUAACUGUAAAUAUGAAAGUGUUUGUAUAGCUGAUGCAAUUCUAAAGGGGAUUUUUUUGUGUGUAUAAAAAUGACAUUCCAUGCUACCAUUUUAUUUUUUAGGAUAUUUUUAAUCUUGUAUUUUUCUAUUAAAGUAUCUAUUUUUGCUUGGUAGAAUUAAAAAUUAAGGAAGAGGAUGUUUUGAAGACAUAUUUUGUAUGAUAGGAGUAAUAUGCAGGGAAAGUCAACAGCUGUAAAUACAUUUUAGAACCAGUAUUUAGGGGAGGAGAAAUGACUUUGUGGAUGGUAUUUGAUUUUUUCCCCAACUUUUUUCUCCAUGCAUGUGCAACAAUCAAAUAGUUACUUAAAGAACACAAAUGCAGUUAUUUAAUUGUCUAUAUGAAGAUGACACUCAUGCUGUAAAUAAUGCAUUUUUCACAUGUUAAAGAGUCCUGUAGAAAUUAGUGGGAUUUAACUAUCCAUGUGUGUACAAUUUAACAUCCAAGGAGCUACCUUCAGGAAGCAUGUGUUAAAACACUGUUUGAGGCUGACUUUAAUCCUGCUGCCAUCAAUACCCCUGGAAAUUUUGUCAUGUAUUUUACCAGAAGCAAAAAUGAAUCUGUGUUGAAUUAGCUACUGACAGGUUAUUUUAUACUGAACAAAGGAGAGCUUUGCAUUUUCUAGUCAACAAAUGGAAAUGAAAUGUACUUACAGCAAAUGUGGUGAAGAAGAUCCAUAAAAGUAUUGUCAGUGUGGAAACAGAGCUAUGACUAUGAUUCUGAGAGUCCAUUAAAUAUUUUGGUUUAUUCUAUUCUGAUUUCAUAAACAGAGCUUUCUGGUCUCAGCAGUUCUAGUCAGACUUGAAAGUUAACCUCAAAACUGGCUUUGAAGCCUGAUUUCUGCAAAACUUUUAGGCCCUGAAAGUCAUUUGGCCAGACUACCAACUCUGAGAAACCACUUCGGGAUACCUGGGAGUGAAGAGCAAAAGCUCACUGUGUCUGCUUUCUGACACCUUUUAUUUGUUGUUGGACAUGGUGUUCUUUUUCCUUAGAUUUCAAUUUAUUCUUAGCAUAUGGAGGGUUCAUCAGCUGCCCUUGUGAUAUAUUGUCCUAUGUCCCAGACAGCCAGAGGGCAAAGCUUCCUGACUGUCAGGGCAGGUCCAGUACAGGAAAUUGAUUUCCAGCAUCCCAUUUCCCAGUCUGGGCCUGUGUGACUUCUAGAAGAGUGCUUUAGCCAAAGUGGCAUGGAUCAGUGGACAGUUUUCUGAAGUAUUCUCCUUAUUUCAUGGGCACCAGAGAAGAAUGGUAUUCUCUUUAUAUCAUGGGCACCACAAGUAGGCUAGAGAAGCAGUCAUAGUGCUAUGGACUUGGGGAGGAAAAAAGACAUCCUGGUUAGUUUCUGGAUAUUUUUUUUUUUCCCCAAGCAGUUGAGUUUGUCUAGCCCCUGGGCAUGCUUGAAGUUUGGAUAGAUAUUUUUUUAUAUACUUUCCAAAGCAGUUUUGAUCUACUUCUGGUUUUGCAAAUAGGCCUUUCAGUAUUUUGGCUUUGUUUUACCCACUUGACUACUCUGCAGAAAAAAAAGGCAAGGAAAAUUUUUAAAUGUGUAGAGAAUAGGGUAACUUGAAGCAUCAGUUCUUUUUGAAAUUAUUUUUGUUGUGACUUGCUUUGCAGUAUGAACUAGUACUCAAGAUCAAAAAGUGACUAGGUUGGACAAUUGUGUAGAUGUGCAUUUUUCCUAUGCCUUGCACAGCUGAGUCACACCAGAAGAUGGGAGAUCUGGUUGGGACAUAAAUUCUCAUGACACUUUAUUAUGUCAUUUUAUGAUAUCUAUUUAAAAAAGUAUAGUGAAAGGUCACUUUUAAAAAUAAUAUUAAUUCUUAUGCUUUAAAACCUUUGUGGAGGGUUUUAAAUCAUGACCUCAAGAAGUGUUUCUAUGAGAUGUCUGUUGGUGGGGGGCUGACCUAGGCUUAACCAAAACUGUGCAUCCCAGCACCUCCAAGAAAGGUGAACCUUCUUUGCACCUUAAAGCAUUUUAGAUCAAUGGGCUUUAAUGUUUGCAAGUUGAUGCACACAAACAUAUGUGUUUUUCCCAUGGAAGUGUAGAGACCAUUUAAAACAUUUCACAUAAGUAGAUUCCUUCAUAGUAUAAAUAAACUUGCUCUUCUUAGCUGCCUUUCACAGGCCUCUUGCUAAUAGUUCCCAUGUCUUCCACAGAGCACAGAUCAGAAGCUGCCUUGAGUUUAGAUUAUUCAGCAGAGAGAUUCUUUACUGGCUAAUGCGCUUUUCCUUUCUGGUUCAUCUGCAUUAGCUCAAUGCCACAAUGUUUAGGCUCCGAACUCUGUAAGGGAAUGUCUAAUCAAAAUAAUAAUAAUUGAUCCUCAAAAAGGGUUUCAAAACCUGCAUUUUUGGCUUCAACAAAUUGCCCGUAUUGCAAACAUACAUCUGUAUUACAGAGAAGCACAAGGAGACCCUUGACUCAGCUCAGCACUUCAGAGCACACUUAAAAUAAGCUCAACUUCAGCUUCUAAGUGCUUUGCUCACUUGGGACUGAAGGGUAUGGUCCUGGCCACGGCUGAACCAAAGGGAGAUUUGCCAUGUGCUUGAAUUUAAGAAAGGCUGGCUGUGUAAGCCAUAUUUAUUGCCAGUUCUUUCAGUUGUGCCAGUUAAAUUGAAAUUAAAAUAAUGGCUUCAUAUUCUGUCAAAGUUUGACAAAUUCUGCUAAUUUAGUAUUUAUUAAAAUUACUAAACAGUGGUCAUCUUAAUAACUGAUUCAUCUCAGAAUCGUCUUCCUGAGGAUUCUAUGGACAGUUUUCCUGCUUUUUUACCCUCAUAACUUCAACACCAAGGCUUCUACUGAAAGUGACAAAGAUUAAGCACAACUUUCAGAAGUAUCUGUUACUUAGCUUCCUGAAACCCACAGCUUCAGAGUCAGAUGUCUAGGUGCUUUGUCCUGGGCCACUGGUAGUUGGCCAGUUCUGAAACCUUUGUUUAUGGACAGUUUGUGUGUUCUGAGUUGUCUGUGACUACCACCAUCACUGUUAAAUUACCAGUUCCUGCUCUAGUGUGCUUCAUUGAAGACCACAACUAGCUGAGCUCUGAAAACAUUCAAUCUUUGCUAAAACAUGUGAUUUUGAGCACUUUGGAAGAUUGUGACCAGAAUUCAGUUUAUUAAAGACUUAUAUUAAUUAAUUUCUGAAAAUAAACCAUGUUGAGCUAUUUUCAUUUUGUUCUUAAACAAUGCACUAUUGCAUUAUUGGAAGUAUUUUGUUGGGGUUUUUCAGUGGAAAGUAAUUUAAGGUGUAGUUAAUGCUUUGAAAACAUUUGUGCUGGACAAAAUAAAGAGAGUUCUCCCUGACAACUGACAACGUGUUUUACUGGGAGGUUGAUCUCUGAUUCAUUUUUUGGCUUAGAAAUGCAAUCACACAUUAAACUGACAAAAAAACCCUCCUACUGAUUCAGUGGAAGUAAAUUUGGGCCCUCAAUGAGUGUCUGCAGGCCUGAAGCAGUUCAAUUUCUCAGCUUUGCAGAAGAACAGGCUGCAUCAGCCUUAGCUGACCUUGGCUCCAGUGAUAUUUUCACCUCAUGAAUGCCAUAAUGCUCCUGGAAAGCCAAGAAUAGACAUCAAAGACAGGAAGCUAAUAGUCCUGGUCAUAAAUUUCUUUGGCAAUUCAGUCCACCUUUUCCGGAGCUCAAGACAGUUCCACAUCCUUCACUGCCCUCCUCUGUGCUUCAGAGUGCAGCUAUGUGGGCAUUCUGGUUCUCUCAGUAAAGCAGUUAAGGUUAUUUUUCCUCAUUUUCUCCAAGAGUUGAAUGAACAGUCUUUCAUUACCCUUUUUUUUUUUCACAGUCUUUUGUCUAGGUUCAGAAGUACUUUGAAAAGAAGACAGCCGUUUUCUACCAUUUAGUCAGAAAUGCUCCUUCCUCACUGAGAGUGUUGACCUUUAUGUAAUUUCAGACAUGGUUCAUUGCUGAGCACUGCUCAGCUGUCAACACACCUUGUGGUGUCAAAACACCAUGGCCACGCCAGCCACUAUCAGAGCUAUAGACCUAGAAUUACCUGUUAGGUUUUUUCAUCCUUAUUGUUUUUGCUAUAAAAUGAUGUCUAGCAACCACCUUACCCACGUCAGGGCACAUGGGAACAGAAAUACCAGUUUCUAAUGGUACAUUACCUUUUCUGUUGGUUAGCAACAUGCCCUGGUAACUCACCUCACAACAGUGAGCUGUAAAGGGACAAAUUUCAAAGUGCAUGUUUUGUAGGAGUCAGUUUUAACUCUUUUUAGAAACAAACUCUUGGAAUGUAUUUUUAAGGGCAUGCUGGGAAAAGUGCUUUCAGAUAUGUUCUGCUUUCAGAUAUGUUGUGCACGUGUGUCACCUCUCCUCCCCCACUUUCCUUCUUGCUGUUGAAAGCACAAAAGAUUUGUGAGUGUGUGAAAACUUUCCAGUGGAAGAAAUGGAAGAGUUUGUGCUGUGCAUAUCCCUGCUUAGCAGCAGAAAUUAAUUCAAAUGGCUUGAGAGCUGAAUUGUUUUCCAUUCUCAGAUACCUUUUAACAUCUGAGCUCUGAGACUGAUGAAAAAUGAUUGUUGAAAUUAAAACAAAUAGCUGUUUGUGAGAGAUGUCAGACAUGGCUGUCUGCAGGGUCAGCAAGCUGUGCAGCAGACAUUAAUAGUGUCUGUUCUCUUCUAAAGAAUAACAACAGAAAGACUGAGCACUGUGGUUUGCCCCAGUGAAGCCUUAACUCUGUCAUAAAUGCAGUUCCCCCUUUAUCUCACACAAAGAGGGAGAAAGUAAAAAGGUUAAUGUUGGACUUUUUAUGGAGUUACUGCUGGUUUUGAUCAAGAAGAUAAGGCUGUCACGGUUUUGAGGCUUUGUUGGGUUAAUGUUUAAUUGUGACAAGUGUGUCACUAUAGAGACUUUUAUUAUGCCACUACUUCUCCCAUAAUUGACCUUUUAGAAGGUCCUAACUGACAAAAAACAAAUUUACAGCAUAAACAACUAACAAAAAGGAGAGGCUUACAGUUCCCUCAAUCUGCAUCAAAGAUUAAUUACUCUGAAUAAUCUGAUUCUGUUACAGUUUGUAUGUUAAGCUAUAUUCAGAAAUGUUAGGCAGAUUCAUUAGAUGAAAAAUCUUUGAAUGGUUAAAAUCCAUUCUGUGUGAACUUUCCCUUUGUGUUUCUGUGACAUGAAUGUUUCUAGAAAACACUUGAGCAAGCAACAAAAAUGUACAGAAACCGGUAUUAAAAUAAAAAAAUAGUUUUUUUAGGGAUCUCUUUUGUAAUGUCAGCUGGUAUGCACAGAGAGCACAUGAUUCUGCCCCCUAUGUCCCAACUGGGGCAACAAACAAGAGGUUUCGCUGGUGUUGUGCAUUAGCAGCAGGCUCAAGGAGCACAGCUGCAUUGCUUUCUGCUUGGGGAUUGUCUGGAUUUCCGUUUCUCUCAGAUAAUAAAGUCUUUACUGGGCAGGUCUGGAAGUGCUGAGAACACUUGGAGAGGCAGGAUCAAGGCAGUGGCUAGAAUUUGCUGUGUUUCUUGUGCAUAGGGUGUAACAAUCAAAAACUAACAGGACUCAGGAUAGACACUGUGGACAGGAACUUUGUCACCUUUUUUACACUGUUCCCUAUUAAUAGAAAAAUACUGGACAAAAGAGAAACCUAGUGCCAAUUCAGCAGAAAACAAAUGGAAAGCUGCACAGUAUAUUGUACUGAUGUAAGUAAACUAUCUGCAUAUAAUGUGAUUUUAUUUAUUGUUGGUUUUGUGUAGAGGAGAGUGUGUAUUCAUGACUGUGGAUAUAACCUUUGUUUAUUUGUGUAAUGUAUUUUAUUUCUUCUAUGACUUGGUCAUAUAAAAUAGCUGCAUUCACUGGUGUCCUUUGACUUCUUAUUCUGUGCAUUUUCUUUCACACUUUUUAAAAAUGCAAGCAUAUCACAUAACCUAAAUUGUAACAAAAUGUUUCCAUUAAAGACAUAGGAAUAUGUUAUCUCCUGUUUCUAUGGUGUCUCUUGUCAUCUAUUUACUACAUCCUUGGUCUGUUCCGCAUAAGAGGGUUCUGUCAGUUGGUACAGAGUUAAUAACAGGAGGGUUAUUCUUGGUCUAAGAAACUGUAUAAACCACUGAUUUUAAUAAUGCUUAGCAAGUGAUUAAAUCAGGAGUCAAUCUAACCUUUCCUUGUAAAAAAAUCUCCCCCAUUGCAUUUUAAGAUCUGGGAAAGGUUGUAGUCAGUGAACUUCAAAUGAACUUUGAAUAUUUUUGUAUUUAUUCUCAAUUGUCUGGAAAUGCAAGUAAUUACUAACCAAAUUAUUGAAAUGCAUUGGAACCUUAACUAGCAAGCAUUAAUUUUUAUAGCCUGCAGAGGGGCAAAACUAAUAUAUUUCACUAAGCUAUACGUUCAUUUCUUAGCAGCAAUCUUAUCAAAUUUGGGGAAUUUUGAUUUGCUGUGUUAUUAAGUACAGUCUUCACAUUAUCCUGUUUUGUCUAGCUAAUUAAGUACAGUCUUCACAUUAUCCUGUUUUGUCUAGCCUUCUGCUUUCUGUAUGCAUGUGUCUGUUGGAGCAAUGUUGCCAAUUUAAGAUCUGUGCUUGGGAGCAUGCCAGGCCUCUAUUAUCUGAAAUAACUGGAAAUGAGGGUGAGGAAGAAGUAUCUGAUCACACUGGUAUCAAGACUUCAAGUAUUAAGAAUUCACUGGAGAGUUGAUGGAGUGAUGGACCAUUCUACAGUGAAGAAAAGAAAAAAAAAAUAAACCAGAGUAAAAAUAGAGAUUUGGAAAGGCCCAUUCAGUUAGGGGAGGGUUGAACUAAUAUCCUAGCCGAGGUGCCUUUCACUGGUAAAUCUCUAAAUAUGUCACUACGUUUAAUUAACACAAUACUAUAAAAAAUAUGCCAGUUUGUAUAGCUGAUUAAAAGUCUAAUGAUACUAAUCUUCUGAAAUUGUAGAAGAUAUUCCCAAUAUUUGUUAGAAUCUAGUUUAUUUUAAAUCUGCCUUCUUACCGAUACACUUAUAUGCAUGUUUUACAAAUAAAAAUUAUUAUUUCUCCUG